UUCAUGUUCUACGUUCUUCUUGGUUUAGCUUUUAGUUGGCAGUACUCGGCUGAAUUCGAUCAUCAUCAUCAUCAUCAUCAACAUCGUGGUAUCAUCAACAUACAUAUACACGAGAAUAUUAUGAAUUGGAUUUGGGAAGUGUUUUUUAAUGUGUCAUUCAUACAUAACGUUGGACUCUCGCAGUCCUAUUAUCAUUCCGUUAAUUAAGUUUUGGGACAAGGUCAUCCCUACGGUGGCUCCGUCUAAAAAAAAACUUGUGCGGUGGUAAUUUUGCAACCAAUUAGUUUCACGGCACUAAUUAAAUUUAGAAUUGGACAGGUGUGUCGUUGCGUCGCGUCAUGGUCACAUCCAUCCAUCCAGCCUUUUUUUGACGCAAAUUAAGACCGUUUUGCAAAAAUAAAAGUGACAACGACAAAGUUGAUUAAUUAAUUAAUUAAGUAAUUAAUUAAUUAAGUAAUUAAUUACCUAACCAGCCUGUUAGAGAUGGUUGCUCGGAAAUGAAUAAAUAUGCAAAUUUGUGACCCCUGCCCUAACCCAGUGAUUUGGACGACCCAAAAAAGGGUGAAAAGAACCUACACGAGAACGUGUGUAUAUACAUAAAAUGUAUCUGUCUUCUUAAACGGUGUGUGGAUUGGAUUGGAUAGAUUGGACUAAAAAACGGGGAGAGAGACGACACAACACAGGGAAGGAAAUUCUGUAAGUUGAAUCUAAAAAAAAAGAUCCAGACGUGAAGAAGCAACCUUGACAAGCCAGUUUUGUUAAGAGGAGAGAGAACGAUCGCAUUUUUGCGAAGUCUUCACACCAAAUAUUAUAUUAUUAAAGUGAAAAAAAAGUCCUUUAUAAGAGUGAACAUUAUACAAUUUUCUUCAAAAAUUUGUUUUCCCCAGUUUUUUAAAAUCUUGGUAAAACGGACAGCUCGCAAAUGUAGAAGAUACAUUAAAGUGGUGAUAACCAAUUAAUUUUAGUCCUUCCUUUACUUUCUCGCUUAAAAAAAUCCCCGUUUAAACUUUGACACGGAGUCGUCGAGAAUUAAAAAUCCGUGAAAAUUCGGUGCAGCAGCAUCAUCCGUCCUGACCCGACAACUGGAAUGUCGUCGUCGGUCAAUGCUACGUUUUCUCCGCCGGGCGCUGGAGGGGGAGGAGGAUCAUCUUCGUCGGCAAGUCUCCCAGUCAAGAUGAUCGGAUCUCUCGGCCGUCAUGGUCCUUACACGUUUUACAAGUCCAUCAAGACGGGUGACCGGACUUACUCACUGUCUCAAUUUAUGCCCGUCAAAAUCUGGCCGGACUCUGCCAUGCUCAACAUUGCAAACAUCCAGCUCCUCUGGUCCGAUAAGACCGAGUCCUUUUGCAACCUCAAGUUGUACUUUCUCCCAGAAAACACACCCGACGGAAGGUUACAACAACAUGGAGAGGACGAGGUGAUCGCCCUCCAGGACAAGGUGACGAUUCGUGCAGCCGAUCUGUUAUCCAUCUUGGUGGAGGAGACGGAGUGGGACUGGGGGUACAAGACCCCACUCGUCACGGUCCCCCCGUUAAGCACCGUGCUGUCAAAGUCCUUCGUAUCUGAGCAGCUUGGAGAGGGCAGGGUGAAUGGGACCACGGCCAUGACGGGUUCGAGCAGUAUCGUGGUGUUGAGCUAUCCACGCUACACUCGGCUUCGAACUACGCUUAAGAGGUUGGAAGGCUCGCCUCAGAUUAAGUCCUGGCUUGAAAGUCCGCUCGUUCUGGCGCUCGGGGCGUUAAAUGUGGGUCCAAAUUGUCGCGUGCUGUACGCCAAGGAAUCCUUUGAUCAUCCGGAUUUAGAAGAUAAUGAAAUUCUGUGCAAUCAUCUCGCUCCAAAGCUGAAAGGAAAGAAGGGGAAGAAAACUCGGAAGAGGAAUAAUUCCAGGGAAUCUGCUUCGAAUGAGUCAUUGUCUUCGUCGAGUGGUAGUGUGGGAUCGUCGUAUAAGGAGAACGAAAAGAAAUCUGUCAACGGAAUGAAGCUAGUUCACCCUCGUUCUUCGUCAUCAUCCUUCCGCCAGCUUAAAGAUUCUCGGAAACGUCGCGGAAGCAGCAACUCGUACCCGGACAAUGACAAUAAGAAUAAUGUGAAACUGUGGAACAAUUCGGAAUCUGGUGGUGGUGGGGCAGCUAACAAGAAGCGAACGAACGGAGUUUCUGGCAGCAUGGACCAGACCAGAAUUAAGGUUGAGGGGGGUGGCGAUACAAAUUGGGAUAAUCGCUGCAAGGCUCAACUUCUGGGACCCGCGUUAACCGAGCUAGCCCAAAAGUUGGAGAGGUCCAAUGCCCUUCAAAUUCUGCCCAUUCGUCCCUUCUCAGACAACGAGCAUCAAGAUAAUCAUGCAUUGAGGAAGCGCCGAAAGACUGACUAUCCUCCCACAGCGAGUCUCCCCUUUUUGGGCAAAAUGGGCCCGUACGAUUCUCGCUACGUGGCUGUCGGACCACCCGGAGACAACAGGACCAAGAACCUGCAGGGAGAGUCGAAUACGGCUAAUUCCACACAAAUUGAAGCGCACAGCAUUCCCAUCCAAAUGUCAAAAUUGACACGGGUAGAUCACAGUUGGAAGCCCUUGACCCUGGCUGGCACAUCUCCCUGUCUCUACAUCCCCAUCCUGAACACGAUCUGCUGCGACCCAUAUGAUGCCAAGCGACACGCCGGAUUUCUCCAGAGAGGCGUCGAAUUACGAAACUUGGACAUUUUGGACUAUAGUCAGGCCCGCGGUGGUGGUGGUAGUGGCAACAGCAAAUCUCGUCAAGAUAACAGCCGCUCAAGCUUAACAAUUAAAAAGAAGAACUGCCUCAACUCAUCCUCUUCACCAUCAAACCUGAUGAUGGACCUAACUCCCCGCCCCUCGGUGCGUUCUUCUUCCGGGAAAAUGUCUCACAACGACGUUUCGUCCUCCCCACUGUCCAACAUGGCUGGCGGAGGGGUCCGUCUAACAUCAGAAGUGACACUUUUCCCCUCCUCCAAGUACCUCCCUUCGUACCCCUCCUCCCUCGACGGCGUGAUGCAACACAACUUUGCCAACCCACGCCACAGUGCUAACGCGGCGUUGUUAUCGCAUCCAAAAACGGUUCAUGAAAUAGAUAUCCAACCGUGGAAUACAUCCUCUGGAUUAUCCUCUAGUGCUACCUCUUCUCGUCCGACUUCUUCCUCUUCCACAAUUAAGGAACACGUCACUGCGACACGGAAACAUACAAAAGGUGCUUCGUCCUCUUCAUCAUUAUACGACCGGACGAGUAGUAGUCAGUCACACGACCAGCAGCCGCAACAGAGUCAUCACAGCUCAUCCAAAUCUAGUGGUGGUGGUGGAGAUCGUAAUCAUCAACACCAACAACAUCAACACUCUUCUUCCUCGUCACCUUCCUCCUCCUCCUCGUCGUCAGCGCUCGCCACGGCGGCGGCAGCGAUGUCAAUGUCAUCCUCACCCGGACAAAAUAACCCUUUCCUCCACCCUUAUUUUGGCAAGGUGGACCCCGCCUAUUUACACUUCCUCGCCAAUGCCCCCCUCUUCAUGCCGCCUCCACCUCCCAACUUCAUGACAAUUCCCGGCGCGGUGGAGCAGUUUUAUAAAGAUUUCUUCAUGCAGGCCCAAGGCCAAGGGGGUGUUGGUGGAUUGGGUGGGAUGGGAGCCCUGCCGCCAGGAUUUCCACCUGGAUCCUGGUUCCCUGGAGGAGGAGGAGGUGGUGGAGGGAGUGGGGAUCAUCACCGUAAAUCAUGAGUAAAUUCUACCCCCUCGGAAUAAUAAUACAAAUUAAAUGUAAACAAAAGUGCAGCCAAUAUUUCCAAGCAAUUUGAAACUCUACAAAUAUUUGAAUUGCGGUAUUAACUAAAAAAAAAUUAGGGGACAAAUGUUCAAAAAGAGAAACAAGGAGGAAUUUUUUAAACGUAUUUUUUCUACGAAGAUGGAAAAAUGAGAGAAAUCAAAAUUAUUCUGACAAAAGAUAAGUUUUAAAUGUUAUCUUGAUAUCUUAACGACGAAAGAGAGAGAGAGAGAGACGAUAAUAGAAAAUAAGUGGUACGGUAUUAUGGUAUUGAAGAUUAGAAUAGUACAGUGAGUAGGAGAAUAUAUGACGAUAUGAUAAUGUGUUAUCAUAGUGAAGCUGCUAAUAAUAUGCAUUAUUGUGAUUGUAACACGAAGUCUAUGUGGAGUUAGAGGGAUGAAUUUGUUAUAAUUUCCAUUGUUCAAUUUUUGGAUUUUUUGUUAAAUGGGAAGUUUAGUUUUUCAUGAAUUUUUUCGACUACUUUUUUCCCUGUUGUUUAAGUUUAAAUAGGAUUCUUUGUCUUCUUUGUUGAUUAGUUAGCUAAUCAUUUAUUGUGUUUCAUCAACUAAUUUGAUAUAUUAUGAACUUGUCAUUAAAUUUUUACUACAAAUUGUGAAUUUUUUUUGUUCGUUGGGUGGGUGAGUUUUAUAAAUUCGUAAUAAAUAUACAAGUUUAUGUACCCAUUGAUCACUACGUGGCACAAAGUACGCGAUGCAAGGAACAAUGAAAUUAAUUUCCUUAUUUGUGAUUGCACCCGUGAAAAAUAAAAAUGAAGUGAUAAAAAAA